CCUGUGGCGCUCUACAUCUUUGAAGACUUCUACAGAGUUCUCUCAGCAGCCCGUCUCCUCCUGACCAUUAUGGACACAGCCGCGGUGGUCACGGUCCUUGUCCUCGUCCUGGCGGUAGCGGGGGUCAGUCAGGCUAUUCACGUCCAAGGAGGUGCACAGAGAGGGGACGUCCUGCCCAGUGGGUCACAGGAGAACACAGCCGAGAACCGUCUGGAAAGUGACAGCAUAGAGGACACUGUGGAUGAGCGUCUGCUGACUCUGGCUCUAAAGGCUCUGCUCUUUGGAUCUCAGAGGGAAACGAGGAACUCUGUGUUGCACCAGCCACAAAGGUUUGGCCGCAGCUCCAGAGGGUCACAGCUGUCAGAGGAGCAGAUCAUGUCCCACGAUGGAGCGGCUGUCCCGGGACAGAUCUGGAGUAUGGCUGUACCCCAGAGAUUUGGAAAGAAAUAAUUUGACCCAAAGAGCUCUGGGGUGAAGCCAAGUGGAGAAUAAAAAAAGAAGAAUGAAUAACUCAGCGUUCAG